CAUGGGCUUUAAAUAUAGUUCAGAGUGCUUCCUUGACACCCUAAGUAAUUUUAAACACAAACUGUCCCAAAAAAAAAAGACAAAAAUUCAUCUUUUUAUGGCUGCAAUCUUAUUCUUUCUUCUUCUCUUAACAAUUUGCAAUGCUGAAGCUCAACAAAGGCAAUCUACUAUAAAUUUGGGCUCUUCUUUAUCACCUACCACCAACUCUUCCUGGUUGUCACAUUCAGGUUUAUAUGCCUUCGGAUUCUGCCAACAAGCCAAUGGCUAUGCUGUAGGAGUUUUCCUUGCUGGGAUUCCUCAAAAGACAGCAGUGUGGACAGCAAAUCGAGAUGAUCCUCCAGCACCCGGUGAUGUCACAUUGAAUUUCACUAAUGAUGGUAGGCUUGUCCUGCAAUCAGCACAAGGCAAAGAGACAAGCAUUGCUAGUCCUGGAGGUGCAACAUCAGCAUCGAUGCUUGAUUCUGGAAACUUUGUUCUCUUUAAUUCUAAAGAGAUAGUAUGGCAAACCUUUGAUUAUCCAACCGAUACAAUCUUACAGGGUCAGCAUCUCUCAACAGGAAAAGAACUAUUUUCUAGCAUUUCAGAAUAUGACAAGUCAACCGGAUUAUUCCGUCUUGCAAUGCAAGAAGAUGGAAACCUUGUGCAGUAUCCAGUAGGAACCAUAGACGUGGAACAAUAUGCUUAUUGGAGUUCUCAGACAUAUCGAGAUGGAGAUAACGUGACACUAUGUCUUGAUGUCAAUGGCCAACUCUACCUACUAAAUUCCACUGGCACAUACCUUACCAAUCUGACCCAAGGAGAAUCUCCAACCAAAGAUAUAGUCUACCUUAUGAGACUUGAUGCCGAUGGGAUCCUGAGACUAUACUCAUACAAUUUACAUCAGAAUGGUAACUUGUCAGUCUUAUGGUCGUCUACAAAUGACAUGUGUCUUCCUAAGGGACUAUGUGGCCUCAACGCAUUUUGUGUUAUAAAUGAUCAACAAGCUAAUUGCAAAUGUCUUCCGGGAUUUGCAGCUAUCAACCAGGGGAAUCAGAGCUCAGGCUGCGAAAGGAAUUUUUCUGUAGAAAGUUGCAAAAGCAAAGAUGGAAGUUUAAAAUACACCAUGGAAGAAGUUCUUAAUACAGAAUGGGACGAAAAUUAUUUUUCCCAUCUGUCGUCAAUAAGCAAAGAGGACUGUAAAGCAGCAUGUUUGGAGGAUUGUAACUGUGAAGUUGCCAUGUUCAAUGCUGGGGAGUGCAGAAAGCAAAAUUUGCCAUUGAGAUAUGGAAGAAGGUCGCUAACGGAUACAAACAUAGCAUUUGUCAAGGUGGGUAUAAUUACAGCCAAUAUAUCCACCCAGAUUAGAAUUGCACAAAUGGGAAGCGAAAAAAAGCUUCGAAAGGACAUCCUUAUUAUAAGCAUCUCAUUUGUUGUUUUUGGAAUCUUUAUGUUUGUGAUUUCUGGAACUGCAAUAUACAGAAACAUUAUUUACAAAAAUCGUGGCAGUGCAUAUACAAGGACUUCCAAUAAUGGAUAUAUUGGUUUUAGUGAGGAUGUUGCUCCACAAUCAUUUACCUAUUCAGAUCUUGAGUCAAUGACUGAUGGUUUCAAGGAAGAGUUGGGUAGAGGAGCAUUCGGGACUGUUUUCAAAGGAACAAUACAGAAUGGUCAGAAGGUUGUAGCUGUCAAAAGACUAGAGAAAGUGUUGGCUGAAGGGGAAAGAGAGUUUGAAACUGAGAUGAAAGUUAUAGGGAGAACACACCACAAAAACCUUCUCCAUCUACUCGGGUAUUGCUAUGAUGGAGAAAAAAGACUUUUGGUAUAUGAGUACAUGAGCAAUGGUUCACUUGCAAAUAUAGUUUUCACACCUGAAAAACAACCUUGUUGGGAUGAUAGAAUGGAAAUUGCUCGUGACAUAGCAAGAGGAAUUCUUUAUCUCCAUGAAGAGUGUGAGCCACAGAUCAUUCAUUGUGAUAUAAAGCCUCAUAACAUUCUCAUGGAUGAAUAUAGGUGUGCAAAAAUCUCUGACUUCGGAUUGGCAAAGCUUCUAAAGCCAGACCAAACCAAAACCUUUACUGGCAUUCGAGGGACUAAGGGGUACGUUGCACCAGAGUGGCAUCGGAGGCAGCCCGUGACCAUCAAAGCAGAUGUCUACAGCUUUGGGAUUGUGUUGCUCGAGCUGAUUUGUGGUAGAAAAUGUGUGGACUGGGAUCUUCCUGAAGAGAAAGCUAUUCUUGAAGAUUGGGCAAACCAUUGCUUUGAAGCUGGUGACUUAGAUCAACUAGUGACUGAUGAAGAGGUUAACAAAAAACAACUGGAAAGAAUGGUUAAAGUGGGACUCUGGUGCACUCUUUAUGAGCCAUCUCUUCGUCCUUCCAUGAAGAAUGUUCUGCAUAUGCUAGAAGGAAUUAUACAUGUUCCAAUUCCUCCGAGUCCAAAUUCCUUUGUUACUACCCUAUAAAUGGGUCUGUACUUGUAUGAGUAUCCGUCUCUAAACCGAAAAAUGUAAGGGUUUGGAAGAAAUUUGCAAUAAAUAAGUCUUGUAAUUUAAUGCCAACAUAUGGUUUUCCUUGUUA